AUUGUGGUGAAUAUAGGUGGUGAGAAAGUCUUGCAGUGCAGCGGCGUGCCUACAAAAAGCCUGUUUCCUCGUGAGAAUCCUCAUUUUUCAGUCAGUUUCGUAAGUGGAAGCACAUUUUGAGAACUCCAUCAAUCCUUUGAGAGUGAAGGAACUACAUUAGUUUCUUGCCUUUGAACGUUAAACUACAUUUUCACAUUGAUUGUCGGAAGUGAGGUUAUUAAUUAAGUGCAUUUGACGCAUCGACUAAACAACGUUUAGCAAAAAUGGAUAAGGUGGAAAAAUUGUAUCAAAAUUAUGAAAUUUUGUCGAGUGCAGGAGAGAAAGUCCUGGAGCAUGAAGAUCUCUUCGUGGAAAUGUUGGACGCUGUCAAGGGUUCAUCGAAGGAGAAAAUUCUCGCAUCUCAAUUUAUUGGGAAGUUCUUCAAGCACUUCCCGUCUCUGCAGGAGCUCGCGAUAGAUCGACAGUUGGACCUCUGUGAGGAUUCUGACCCACAAAUCCGUCGCCAGGCUAUCAAAGAUCUUCCUCAACUGUGCAAAGACACGAAAGAAAACAUCCCAAAGAUUGCCGACAGUUUGGCCCAGUUGCUGCUCCUGGACGGCACUGAAUUGAUUGUGGUGUACUUCUCAUUGCAAACUCUGGCAAAACUCGACGCCAAGUUGACCCUCACCGGCGUAAUCAGUCAAAUUAUCACCGGAGAUGAGCAGACGAGGGAGAAAUGCUUCAAAUACAUCCAGCAUAAGUUCAGGAACUACGCUCCAGACAUCUACACUAAGGAGAUUGAGGAAUACUUGGUGGCUGAGCUCAAGAAGAUUCUUCAUGAUGUAACUUCUGAUGAAUUUCAAAUCAUCAUGACCAUCCUGGGGAGUACAAAACUGGGAAAAACCGUGACCGGACAUGCAGAACUCGUGAAUCUUGCUGUGGAACAAGCUGAACUGGGAGCUGACAUCGAUCCUGUUACACUUGAGGAUGAGACAAUUGAGAGAUUCAUCCAGUGCGCUACUCAUGCAUUGCCCUACUUUUCAACGCAGAUAGAAUCAACGCCCUUUGUCAAGUUUAUCUGUGACAAACUUCUACCGAUCAACUCAUGGAACAUGAUUUCCGCUGCCGACGAUCAAUCUCAGGUGCAUUUGAGAAUCUUGAAGAUCUUCGCCGAGAUGUGCACUAAUUGUGGCACUUUGGACAACGGACCACAACGCAUUGAGGCCAUCUUCACAGUUCUGAUGGAAUUCUUGCCACUUCCGCCGAUGGACGACACAGACGUAUUGAGUGCCAGUCCCUCAUUCCAGUUCUCUCAUGUGGAGUGCUUGCUGUAUGCGCUCCACACGCUCGGGAAGCACGGCGUGGAGUUCUUCACAUUCCACGAUGAUCCAGAGAAGCUGAAGGACUUCAGGGCGCGUCUGCAGUAUUUGGCACGUGGAACUCAGGGGUAUAUAAAGAGGCUGCAGGAAUCAGUAAAGGACAAGAAGGACGACACAAACUCUGAGGAGAACAAGAUUAAGGUCACAGCAUUGAAGACAACCUCGAAUAUCAGUGCUUUGAUAAGGGAUCUCUUCCACUCACCACCCAGCUUCAAGACAAAGGUCACGUUGUCCUGGAUCGAAAAAAAGGAGACCGCACAGCAGCGUGAAGCAAAGCGUCAUGCUCCCAUUACGUUUGAUGGAAAAUCGGGUGGUCCAGAGGUUAAGAAAGUCCGUGGCAACACGAACGGCACGCAGAAGGUGUACACGCCGCCCUCGGGCAAGUACUCGGGGCGCGUGCGUGGGGGUUACGGGGGCGGACAGCGACAGGGCGGCAUGGGGCGCAACCGGCAAGGGCGCCCGGGUGGAGGAAAGUGGAAGAAGUAGAUUUUGGGCUGAGAAAUGGAGGCAAAUUCACGUGUAUUUGUAUGGAUGAUGAUUGUCUUCAAGAGAUAGAGAGUGAGAAAUUUGUUGCAGAGAAUGCCGUAUGUAUUGAAAAAUGCACAAUAUUUUCCGUAAGCAAUUUUCCAGAGUGAAGAGCUGGAUUUGGAGUUUUAGCGGACAGCGUUUUAGAUGAUAGUUUUCUAAUGGAUUUCUUUCAGGAAAAGAAGUGUGCUGUGCGGACUUUGGGACUCCAAGGAGUGAUUUUUGUAUGAUCAUUUGUUUCUGUGAAUUAACAAAUCUUCUUUUCAGCAUUUGCAGCUUUUUCAUAACCCAUAGUCUUAGGUGGAAAUGUGCGCAGAGGAAGCAAAAUAUAACUUUUUAUUUCAGAGAAGCCCCCAGAGUAAAAGCCCUAAAAUCAAAAACCCGCCCUCGUUUUCUCGUCUUAAGUGUUUGUCUUAUAAAACAAGACCUCGAAAUAUAGGAAAUUUCCUCAGCGUGCAAAAAAAAUCUCUUUAAAAAAAAAACUUGAUGUAUUAAUAUAGUAACUACUUCAUACAAUUGAUGUAAAUUACACAUUUUCAAAAAGGUUCUCUCCUUAUUCGUUCUUUCCGAUCAUUCUAAUAAAAAGAACAUGAAUAUAAAAUCGUGACAA